AAGAAGAGUUGUGUUGUUCUGUUCUAUUUUUAUUAAAAUUUGCCACGGGAUACGAGUUGUUUCGUUUUGGAUAUUAAUUAAUAAAAUAGAUUUUUUUCAUCAUUAGCUUAUCCGAUUGUGUUUGAAUAAUAUGGGACUAGAAAACAUGCGUCGCUGGCCUAUGUAUAUUGUUUUUGCAGUAUGCAUUCUACUUACCCUUUCACUUUUUAACAGUUGGACUUUAGAGAAUGAAUUACAAAAUCGAAUAGCCGAGCUAAGAACGCAGCUAACGGAAUGCUCCAGACAACAGACCACUUGUAUGGAAGAAUCGCUGCGGUACCAACAACAAAUUGAUACCUACAACACAAAAGUUGUUGACCUAGAAGGAAACAAAAAACAACUCGCCUCAGACAUGAGGGAGUACAAAAUCAAGUUAAUGAAAUCUGAAACCCAAGCGAACAGAACGUACGUAGAUCUCGAAAUAUGCAAAACGGAGUUACAGUCUCUCAAAAACUUACAACUCAGUAAGGCGGCGACGUUAGAGACUCUGAGAUUAGAGAAAGCGACCCUCACAUCCCAACUCGACGAACGGAAGCAGAAGAUUGAGGAGCUAGAGAAAGAAGUGACAAGACUGAAGUCAGCUUUGACAACCAAGAGUGCCCCCAAUCCUCCUGCACCUUCCAAGAUGACUCCGGCUGCGGAACCUCCGAGACUGAGCCCACCUCUGAACAAUAUUCCGAUGAAUGAACCCUUAGGCCCAGAGAAUGAUGCUAAGGAGGACAUAGAUGAGCCCAGUGCUAUGAAUGAUGGCCCAGAUUUUGAGUGAGCAAAUAAAGACUUAUUAUAUAAGCAAUAAACCUGCUAGAUAUUGUUAAAAUAAGUAGGUAUUAUUACAAUUGUAUUAUGUAAACACAUUAUGUAAUGGCAUAGAUAACAUGACCACAGUGAUACAAAAAAAAACAGACAGAGUGAAGGCACAAAAUAAUAAUUUCUGUUCUGGUCAUACUUAGCCUGCUAGUGUUUAAAAAAUUAAGUUAAGUAUACAAGAAAUACAGAAAUUAAAAAACUUGGUAAAAUAUUUGUAUUAAAUAGUACUAGUUUUUUUAAUAUGUAAUUAUUCCAGAAGUGAUGAAUACAAAUUGAUAUAAUUAAGAUAAACGCAAUAAGUAACAUUUAUUUACACAUGACGUGAACUUUGUGUCAUAACUCUUGCAGUAUAAGUGACUGCAGUGUUUACGAGUUACAUUAUAUCAAAUAGAUUAAGAUUUUUUAUAAUUGAGUAGUGUUUUUAAUUAAAUAACUGUAAGAAUGUAUCCCAGUUAAUUAAUAAACUAUGUAAUGUCAUUAGAGAGCAUAAAAUUUAUGAAGAGUUUUGAAAGUAAUGGAAAACAACAUGGUUACUUAUCUUAGCAUAGCCAGGAUUCUAUUUAUUCUAUAUCAGGAAUUAAUAAAAUCCUAGACUUUGAAUUCGUGACUUUUAACAUAAUAUGUAUGAGUAUCUCACAAUAGUAGAAAUUAAAAACAAAAUACUCGCAAGCGAACUGGGAUUGAAUGCAGGAGGCAUCACCCCGCAACUCUUAACUCUUUCCGCUCCAUGUUUAGGUAUGAAACUUGUGUUUAACUUGAUUUACGUUAUUUGUUGUUUUAAUCUACAAGACUAAAUUGAAUAAUAUAUUUUGUAAACCAACUAAAAAUGUU